AUGGUGCCUGUGCUGGAUGGGAUGGACAUUGUCACGCCUGAAGAGUGGCAGACAGUCAAACUUACCCCCUACGCUGAUCUCAUCAACACCAAGGUCGACGCCAACCGCGUCUACAACUACCCUGGUAGCCUUACCACUCCAGCCUGCGACGAAAUUGUCGACUGGUGGGUGGUUCCGACACCGUUCAGAUCUCCUCAAAGGACCUGGAGCGUCUACAGACAAACCUAA